AUAAGAUAAAACUUAUUAAGGUAUGAAAUGGAUGAACUAUCUGAAUGCACUUCUGAAGUUAUAGAAUUUUUGCCAACCACUCCAUUAGGAAGUAAGGUUCUAUAUUUGGAUAAAGGUACUUCUACUGAUAUAAAUCCAAAAUACGUGAACAAAUCCACUGAAACCUUUGUAAGCAACGAUGAAGGAACACAAACACAAACUGGAGUAACUUCUGUUAGCACCUCAACGAUUGAUGAUGAAAAACUGGCAAGUUGGUUACAAAAAAUACUCCCAGGUGUUGAGAAUGAACUUCGUAAAGGUGCAACACCAUUAUCACAGGUUCAUGCAAAUCGCUACGAAGAAGAUUUAAAAAUUGAACCGUAUCAAAAAAUAUCAAUUGAAAAUAUUACAGAAAACUCACAAGGUUUAGCUAUUUGGCUAUCGAUUCACACCAACAAUGCACCUAUGUUAGCCGUCACAUCGGUUGCACCACACGAUGAUUGGUGUGAACAUAUUGAACAGAGUAUAACCAUUUUUGUGCCACAACGUAUUAAAACUGAUUAUGUUGUCUUCAAUAAAAUGAAAAGUGUACCGGUUGAUGCAUGUCUGAAGUGUCUUUCUACAAAUCCCUACAAUAAAAAUAUUUUUGCUGGUUCUACAUAUAAUGGCGAAAUCUAUGUUUGGAAGUGUCAACAUGAUUCCAACUCAAAAACACUUGAAGUACAGCAAUUGUUUAAAGUGACUUCACAAAAUGGUUCCGCUGUUGGCAUAGAGUGGACAUCACCGAAUUCUUUGUUCACUGCUCAUGCCAAUGGUAACGUUUUGCAAUGGUUCACUGGAGAGGAAAUGGUUAAAUCAAAUCAAUGGUUAAAUAUUCUCCAAUCAAAUGGUACAACUGAGAUCACGACAAUAUUAUGUUUGAGUCCUGAAAAUUUUGUUAUUGGGACAAGUGAUGGCAACAUCUACAAUUGCUUCAAUGAAACUCUUCGCACAGGUCAGAAGGUUCUGAAAAUAAUGAAACUUAAAAACCAUCAAUUUGCUGUCACCACACUUUUGAAAGGAACACUACCUGGUGACAGCUAUGUAAUAAGCUGUGAUAUGAGUGGCGAACUCUACUUUCAUGAUAUUAAAAUAGAAGAAAAAACUGAUAAUAUUAUAAAAAUUCCUUUACCCUUUAAAAAUGUUAUUGCAAGUUCUCGAGACGGUAACGUUAUUUAUAGUCCAGGAACAGAUGGUUCAUUAGUAUAUUACAGAAAAUCUGAUGGAAGGUACAAAGAAAUUAAAGGAGCACUCCGUGGCAAAGGAAAUACUAUCAAAUUAACAAAUAAUGGUUAUUGGAUCGUUACUGGUUUAUAUGGUUGUGACUUUCAACUAUUUUAUCUUGAAGACUAAACAACGCAAUUGGGUUUAAUGAAACAAAUUUUAGAAAU